AUGCCGCAGGGGCCGAGCGGGGCGGGCAAGGGCCACCGCCCAUGUUCGCCAUCGCCGACCCCCUCUUCCUCCCACUCUCCCUCUCACGGCCGCUCACCUCUCAAGCCGAAACCUUCUACAAUCAACAUCCCCCCUUCCAGCCAGGGCCUACCCACGUCGCGCAGCCUCAGUCAGAGCUUAGGCCGUGCGACUCUCACAUCACAUCGCCGAGCCGCCAUCGACGAGUGGAUGCGCGGUCUCGCUUCCCCGUCUCCACAGGAGCGGGCUGACAUCCCCGCGUCCGUAGUCUCGAGUUCGUUCACGAGCGACUCUGCCCCUUCCCCGUCACUGCGAUCCAGGUCACGCACCAUCUCCACCACCACCAGCCUUCAAUCCGUCAACGGCUUCUCCCCAUCGCAACCCUCCACCUCUCAAUCUCCCCCGAUCCUCCCUCCCACGGCUCCAUCCUUUCCAGCCGGAAACGUCUCGGCGCGCGCCGCUCAUUUCAAUGCCCUCGCCCGCGGGGCGACAGCGUCCACACCGUCGCCCAUGAAGGGCAAGGGCCGCAGGGAACCAGGCUUUGCGCGUCCCACACGCUCGAGCUCGGCCAAGAUCGCCAAGUCUGCCGUACCCAUUCUGGAUGUGUUGACAAACUCAAAACCUGCUGCCUCGGUUGGUGCCUCGCAUGCUGAAUCGACAGCCCCGCCGACACCCUGCACCCCAGCCACGACUGCUCCACCCUCACCAAACCCGUCCCACGCAGCGCCCACAGAGUCCGAGCUCUCGCGUGAGCCUGAGCCUGAAGCUGCACUACCCGGUCUCCGACCCCUCCUCUUACCUACCGGGAGCGCGCCCGAGCGUUUUAAUCUCGCACCGCAAUCCACGGUGCGCACGCGCCUGUCACUCGUAACGUACAAGGUCGACACGGCGGCCGGCGAGGUGCAACCGCUUCCGACCUCGCAUCCUGCUUCCCCCGCCCGCUUCAAGCAUCACCGACGCCACUCGUCGCUGAUCUACAAGAAGGCAGAACCGUCCACGGCAUUCCCAAUCUCCCCGAGCAGCACCUCGUCCGAACUGCACCCCUCCGAUCCGGAGGGCUUCCUUGAGGGGUGCCGUUCUGAUCCGGGUUUCCGGGAUCGGAGACACGACUCGAUCGUCUCGAGUAACCUUGAACGGCGCGAGAGUAUCCUCCGGUCCAUCGUGCGAGUGGAGAACCGUGAGCGCGAGGUGCGAGAAGCCAUGGAACGCCGUGGGUACGAGCCGGCCUCGGGUCCCCUUCGCCGGCUCUCGUUACAGGGAAGGCCGGCCCGUCGACGAUCGACGUCCUGCGUGCCUUCACACUCGCCCAUCGAGGGUUCGCCGAUAUCGCUCAUGUCAUCAUACAAGCUCGAAGCCUCCCCAGCAGCGCCUGCAUCGGAGCUCGAGUCGCCGCAGAUGGAUUCGCCGCAGCUCGGGGCCGAGGAGCUCCUCUCCAUCCUCGAACCGCAGGUUACCCGUGAGACGGACAUUAGCACUGCGCCGACCACGCUUGGCCUCACAGGUGCCGGAUCGCGCAGUUCUCUCCUCCGCCCGGCUUCAAUGUCGACAACCACCACGGACGAGGAGCCGCGUGUGCGUUUCGCCACACCCGACGACAUGCGCGCCCAAUUCCGCCGCCAGAUCCACCGUGAAAGCACACUUGCGCAGUUGACCGGCCCACAGCGAUCACGGCCGCCAGUCGAGAUCCUCGACCACGACCACCUCGCUACCAUGCUCUCGAAACAGGAGUACGCGGCGACCGUAACACCAGCGACAUCGACAACCACGUCGAUCGCCUCAGCAGAGUCUCUCCCACGGUAUCGACGGCGUGCCGAGCCCGACGCAGCUCCCAACUACGUUGCGUCAGCAUACACCGGUGACGCAACGGCCGGCAUCGAGGCCAGUUCGGGUUUUGGCCAUGGGGGGGAGGAGGCGCCCGGAGCAGCCGCCGCGACAGCUCCGGGUCCGACGAGACGUACGUUCUGCGGCGCGGGCGGCGCAGAGCUCGACAAGCUCGUGCAUGACGUACAUGACGAGCACCGUUUCAUCGCCGUCGGCGACGUCGACCCGCUCGACCACCUCCUGCCUGAGCCGCAGGAGGGGCCCAGUCUCUUUACGGCGCUGGGCCGAUGGUUCUGCCCUGUCGACGGCUCAUAG